GGACGAAAGAAAAUGUUCAUAGAUGACGUGAAUAUGCAAGAAUUACAAGAUAAUGUGAAUGAUGACCCCUUGUACGCAAAUAUCGCAAUGGAUAAAAUGGAACCGAGGUCACCUUACGAUAUUCCACUUGAGCAACUUCUUGAAAGGUACAAUCGUUUAAAUGAAAAAGAUGGUGCAAAAUUUAUAGAAGAGUUUCAGAAUCUUAAAUCAGACGCAAAAGGACUGAAUUACCCCACAACAGUCGCUUCCUCUGAAUCACUGAAGGGCAAAAACAGAUACAAGAAUAUACUACCCUCUGAUUUAUCGCGAGUGCUUCUUGAUGGGGAAGGAAAUAUGAGCUACAUUAACGCUUGCUACAUUAACGGAUUCACUAAAGCAAAGAAGUUUAUUGCUACACAAGGACCGUUGCCAAGUACAGUAAAUGACUUUUGGAGAAUGAUUGUUGAGCAGAAAGUAUCCUGCAUCGUCAUGUUAACGAAAUGUGUGGAAAAUGGAAAGAAAAAGUGUGUGAAAUACUGGCCUUCUCAAGGUUCGCCUAAACAAUUUGGAGAUGUAUAUGUUGAAAAUAUAAACGAAAUAUUCACGGGUUGCUACAAAAUGUUUACAAUAACAAUCACAAAAAAGGACAAACAGAGUAUGAAAGUAGUUCUGCUCCAAUACUUAAAUUGGCCUGAUCACGGAGUGCCAGUUACAACAACAAAUUUGAUGAGGUUCCAUGGAAUUGUCAAAAAACACCAAUCAAAUGCACCAAUAGUUGUUCAUUGCAGUGCUGGAGCGGGAAGAACUGGCGCAUUUAUAGCAUUAGAUUUUUUGCUUCAAGAGAGUGAAUCACUUCGAUCAGUUGAUGUUUACAAUUGCAUUUUAAAGCUGAGGGAGCAGAGAGUAGAUAUGGUGCAAACAUGUGAUCAAUAUAUCAUGGUGCACAAGCUUAUUUUGGAGAAUUAUUUGUUUGGAAAAACGGAUAUGAAAUCGGAGAAACUGAAUAGUUUUCUGGCCAGAGUUUCUUCUGAUAUUGGGAUUUUGCAAAAACAGUUUAACGAUCUUGUUAGAGUAGGACCAGGGGAUCAGGCAAAGCAGGGAGAGGUAGCAAAACAUCCAGAACUGAACAGAAAAAAAGAAGUGAUACCUUUUAGAAGAAACAACAUUGUAAUAGACCGCAAACCGACUGAAUCAGAAACUCCUUGUCUGAACGCAUCAAAAUUAGAAUCGUAUGAUAAUGCUUCAAAAUUAAUUGCUGCACAAGGUCCUCUGAAACAGACAAUUGGUUUCUUCUGGCGUGCAAUUCUCGACAACAAUAUUAACACUAUAGUGAUGCUAACAGAGUGCAAAGAGAAUAAAAAGGAACAGUGCUUUCCUUACUGGCCCAGCGACAACGAGAAAGAUCUCGUGAUUGAUGAAAUCGCUAUUCAUUUAAAAUCUACCAGCACUGACAAUGAAAUCAUCAAACGUGAAUUACGUGUAACCAAAGAGGAUGAAGAAAAGGUAAUCAUCCAAUACCAAUACACUGGUUGGGCAUCAAACAAAUGUCCUGAUGAUGCUACGGCAGUACUUGAGCUGAUAGAGAAAAUGCAAUCAAGUGUGAGAAGAGAUAGAAAUUCUGCUGUUUUGGUUCAUUGCAGUGACGGGGCAGGAAGGACCGGAAGUUAUUGUGCAAUUAUUAAUCUAAUUGAGAGAUUGAAAUGCGAGAGCAAUAUCGACGUCUUCAGAGCUGUCAAAGAUCUGAGGGAUUGCAGACCAGGGAUGGUGCAGACAUUGGACCAAUAUAAAUUCUGUUUUGACGCCGUGUCGGCUUAUCUGUCCUCAUUCAAUCUUUAUGCCAACUUCAAUGUCGACAACAAACCUUCAACAUCAACGAAAGAAGAAAAUUUGUACGCAAACAUAUGACAUUUUAGAAAUGCCCAUGAGGAAAAAUUAAAAUUUGCAAUGUUUGUUUAUACGAAGAUUGGUUACCGAGUAGUUGUACAUGACAACUUCCUAUCACAAAAAAUUGACAAUUUUAUUUUCUGUUCCUAUAAUCCCAAUUUUAUUGUUCACUAAUCAAUAUGUAUGUAUAUACUAUUAUACGUUAGUUAACUUUGCAUUUAAUUUUAUUUUCGCAUUUAAAUGACCUUGGCAUCCCCUUGGUGUGUACUUGUAAUGACUGCGAUAGCUUCAGUAGUUAGAGAAUC